GUGGAGGGCGAGGGGAGGGGGUGGCCGCGACGGGCCUCGCCGCGCGGGCCUACCGCUUCCAUGAGCGCGUGGACCCUGGACACGCGGUGGCGCUGCAUCCGAGAGGGCCGUCGGCUGGCCCCUCAGAACAGAGCGGCGGUGCUGGAUGGUGUGAUGCCGGACGCGGAAGUGGUGGUGCUGCACGCGGUGUUCGGAGGCCGCUUCUUGCCUCAGCGCCUGCCGUGGCGGGGCGGGGCGGUGGCCCCGCGCGGCCAGGCAGCAGCGCUGCGCCUGGCGACGCCGCCGACGACGUCGCAAUGGGCACGGGCGCUGCGGCGCCGCGGCGGCUCCUGA